CGAGCCUUCACUAAGACGCUGUUCCAAAACGCGUCGUAAAAUUUAAGCUCACACAACUUCUCACGUCAACUAGACGUUAGACUCUUGAGACAAUUGUAACACAAUUGUUUAAAAGCUUCUUUUUUAGUUUUUGCGAACGCGUGAGAGGUCGUUUCUUCCACCCACACUGCUGCACUGCAGACACUGAUGUCUUCAGGUCAUCUUUGGCUGGAAGAUGCAGAGCCACAGGUCAGGAAGCAGCGAACUGGAGUUAAUCAUGUACUCCCCUCAUGCACAAUUUAGUAACCCUGAUUUGGGCAUAAUUAAUGGGCCAAACAGAGAUUCCCAUCAUCUGACAAUUGGAUCUAUGCCAAAUGCAAGCUGGGAGAGAAGAUGCAUGAGGAAGCUGAGGAGAAGGACAAACGAUGGAAGCUGUAGUCCCAAAAGACGAAAGCUGAUGGGAGAGGAAGGAGUUGAAAUAGCUGAGUAUCCAAUUCAGAAAGUAAGCCACGAAUGGUCUGUGGACUCUACCACCCCUUCACUCUCAUCUGAUACCAGCCUGGGUCAGUUGCAGACUGAAUCAAGGACAGAGGAGAUGGGUCUGACCUUCACUGCCUCUUCCUCUCCACUACCCAUAGUUCACACAGAGGGGUCAGGCAUGGAGGUAGUGGCAGCUCAGAGGAGACUGCAGGAGAUAGAAAAGAGGAUAACUUUAGAAGAUGACAGCGAUGAGGAGCUGGAUUUGGAACCAGCUCUACGCAGGCCAGUUCUGGUGAUGUCCGACAGCCUAAGGGAGGGUUUACAGCAUGGGAUUGGUGACAUUCUACCCCACACAGUAGCACAGUCUAUGAGCCGCUCUUGUAUGGAACUGGUGGUAUGGCGCCCUCCAGAGGACCCCCUCACCCAGAGGCUGAAAGGCUCUCUACAAAGACAGCAGCGUAAGCAGCUGUCAGUUAUCAGACAGACUGCCUCUCCUAUACCAUCUAUCAGCAGCCCCUUCACCCCCACAUCCCAGGUGCAGUUCACAGCAACCAAUGAGCAAGCUUUCAGCCCCCUGUUCAGCAGCCCUGUGGUUCUCAACUCUGGAGAAGAAGAAAUGGAGAUAUAGAGGGAAAUCUUUGGAGUAUCUGACUCUUUGUAUCCUGUAUAUGGAAUAAGCUUUGAACUAAUUGAGACCACCUCUGCAUCCCAGUAUCUGUGAAAAUGAGGAAUAACCACAAGGGUUGGAGUGCAUUAAGUUUUGCGCAAGUAUCAGAUGAAAUUUAUUUGUGCCAUGUUUUUUAACCUGCACUUUGGCUAUUUAAGAGCUGGGACCAUACUUGCCCUUGUAAAAAUGAGAAGUAUCAUAUAUGAACAUAAUCUGUGAUUUUGUUUUUAUUUUUUAUUAUUGUUUUUUUUUUUUUUCCCAUGAUACAUUGAUCAAAUGUGCAGUCACUCAACAUACAUCAUAGUACAUAGCACUACUCCUAUUUGAAAUCAUUACUGGUUAAUCUUGCAAGAAAACUUUAUAAACUGUCUUUAUACAGUUGUAUUAUUUUAGUGAUAUUAUUGAUUCAUAGUGCUUGAUUUGUUACAAACUGCCAUAUUAUUUACAUGUAAUGCUUUGUGAGCAGACAGGUUGUCACUGUUCAAAACCUGUGAAUCCUUUUAUUUUGCCCUUGUUGUUUUUAAAGGUUCUGUAGUUAUGAAAAUUGGAAAAAUAAUCUUUAGUGAAUAUCUGUUCAUGUUGAUGAAUUUCAUGGAUUGAAUGCCAGCGUAACAUUUUUUUAUUUUAACAAGUUCUUGUCCCCUAACAUUGUGCUUCUUUAUUUAACUGAGUGGGAAAAGAGCAUUAUGUGGUCUUGAACUGGGCAUAAUAUAACAACUGCCCUAUUCUUUAUAACCAGUUUAAUAUUUCAUUUUAGCUGUCUGCAUAUUUUUACCUUCUACACAAGGGAUGUCAAACUCAUAUUAGGAUUGGGAAAAAUGUCACAUUAUGCCAAACAAA